CAUUGUAUACAGAUAAUCAAACAUCACUAUAACCCAAUACAUUAUAAAACUACAAGCCAACCAAGCCAACAAUUUGAUAAUAAAUUUAAUAAUAAUAAUUUUAGUAAGAGAUGGCACCUAACACCUCCCUCUAGUACCAAACUGUUUCAUAAUUUAUUAGUACAGUAGACCCCCCUAUAACAUGGGUUCAUACAACAUGGCAAAAGAAUUGCAAACGUGUUUGUAAAACAUGCUAAAGGAGACUUGUAUAAUGCGGUAAAACAUCAUCGCGACUUCUGUUGCGACAGGAUUGGUCGAAUCUAGACCAAUAGCGGACAUUGCACAAACCGUUGAGUUUAAACGAGCAGCAGACCUACUAAAAACCAUUUAUUAUUUAACGGCCAUAAAAAUUGUAUUUAUAUUAAUGAUGUCUCCAAAGUCAAGCGAAUUUUUUGCAGAAAAAUAACUUAUCGGGAAACAUGCGCCCGUUGUUCGAUGAGCCGCUCUGCAAUGAAAACAAGCUUAAGCAAUGGUAUCUUCAAACAGUGAGCACUCGGUAAGUAAUCCUACAAUUUUUUGUUUGUAGCAUAGUUUAUAUGGAUUAUUUCCAAAAAAUUAUAUGUGAUUUGGAAAUGUUGAGUCAAAUUAGUCUAGAAUCGAUUAAUUUUAUGGAAGAAAAUCUUUCAAACUGCCGUAGCCGCUAAACUUCACACGUGCCAGGCUGUGAUUGGCUCAUGUAUUUAAGUGACUCGUACAACACGGAAUUCAUAUAACAUGGAACAUAUCUACCAUGUUACGGGGGGGUCUUCUAGCCCAGUGACAUAUGGCAUUAGUUGGCUUGUAGUUUUAUACAGAUAAUCUUAAUUCACAUAAACAUUAGGGAGAAUGAAUGAGAAAUGAGAAUUUAUAUCUUGAACCAAAUAUAUAUAUAUUUUUCUAUUACCAAAAAUGUUCUUUUUAUAUUCUUCAUGAAGGGAAAUUCUUUAAUUUUAAUAAAAUUUGAUUGAUUAAACAGUAUUCAUAUAUUUAUCAUUCUAGUUAUUCCAGUAAUAAAUUUCUUGUAUUUUGUAGGUGUUUUACAUCAUUUAUCUUGCAAUAUUUAGUUUAGCAGUGAUGUGGCCUUCUUGUGGAAAUCAAUAUCUAGAUAUUGCAGUAUGCACUUGGACAACUUUAAUUCUUAUUGAGUCCAUCCAUCGAACUUUCGUAUUACAUAAAAAAUAUACAAGUAUUCCACUGUUUUUAAAAUGUGUAGAAAUAAUACUAAUUAUAAUCUUCAUAUUCCUGUAUAUUGUUAGCCGUAUUGUAAAAAUUGGAUUAUUUCUUGAUCCUUACAAUGGAAGAGUAUUAUUAUGUUGCGGUCUUCUUUAUUUUUAUUAUCGUAUUAUUGCAAUUUAUUUACCUAUAUCACCUACAUUAGGUCCUUUGUUAUUUAGAGUGAGAUUAAUGGUUUUUGAAGAUUUUGUGAAUUUUAUGCGUAUGGUGUUAUUAAUUAUUAUCAGCGGAGGAAUAGUUAUACAUGCUGUUUUAUAUCCUGAUUUUCCACUUAGUUUAGAAUUAUUUAGAAGAACUUUUCAUAAGGCUUGGUUUUCUCUGUUUAUGACUCCAAUUAGUGAUUUACAAGAGAGACAGGGUUGUCAUAAAUGGCACUCAUUCAAUGCCAGUGACCAAUGUAGAGCUGGAAAAUAUGAUGAUGAUACCUGUCCAAAUAUUGGAUUAUGGCCUUAUAUAUUUACUAUUCAAUAUUUUGUUUUGUUAAAGUUAAUUAUGAUGACUCUACUUUAUGCUCUUUUCAGUGCAACUGCUUCUAAACUUCAAACAGAAGUUGAUGCAAUUUGGAAAUUUCAAAGAUAUCAGCUGAUUGUAGAUUUUGCUGCAUGUUUAAGAUUACCUGCUCCACUUAAUGUAUUUAGUUAUGUUUUAAUAGUUUUUCAUUGGAUAAUUAAGUGCUCAACUUGUAAAAUCUGCAAGAAAGCUGAAACAACUGAUAAUCUUACAGCUCCUCCACCCAAAAACCAAAGAUUAUCAGAGAAGGAUUAUAAUUAUUGGCGUCAAUUAGCUCAGGAAUAUAGCAAGAACCAAGAUGAGAAGGAAUCAGAAAAAAACUACCAAAAAAAGCAAAUGGAAAUGCAAGUUAUAGACAAUUAUUAAAUUGAUAUUCAUAAAAUCUUAAAUAAUUAAUAAACUAUAGUACUACAGUUUUAAUAUUUGGUUUUAAAUACAGUAAAACCUCUCUUAUUCAGACUUAGUAGUUCAAAUUAGUAUUUUUUUAAUGUGUGUUUUUUUUAAAUAAUGAAUCUACUGAUUCUAAUCUGGGCUUGAAGCAUCUAAGAGUAAGGUAAUAGUUGUUAAAGAUGUGAUUAAGAAACAGCUAGAAAGAAAUUGAAAACAAAACUUUAGUUAGUUUUUCUUAAGCCCAAAUUAGUAAAUGUUGGCAAUGACAAGAAUGAUACUACUACUACUGCAAAUCAUUGUAUUUGUUCACUUAAAAUGCACAAUAAAAUUUGACUUUAAAUGAAUGUAUUUUUUGAGGUUUUACUCAAAUACAAAAUGCAUUUGAGUAAAAACCUCACUCACUCAUUCCCCCAUUAGUCUGAAUUAGUAAGGUUCUACUGUAUUUAUAAAGUUGAUUUAUAUUUAAUUAUUUAAAUAUAAACAAAUGAUAUAUAAUAGUUCAAUUAAAAUUUGGCAGUAAUAUAGUUAAUUAAUUGUAAAGAUGUUACAUAAUCUGGACUAAAGCUAGGUGGUUAAGUUGUGCCAUCUUGUGUUAAAUUAAUUAAUUUAGAAUAUUUUGAAAGAAAACAUUGAUUCAGAAUGGGAUGAUAUACUUGAUAAUGUAUAUCAUCCCAUUAUCUGCACAGUAAGUAGGAGUUGUGGGUUUGAGUCCUGCACUGGAUCAGCCUUUUCUUCUAGAAUGGGUCAGCAACCUGUGGCACUCUGAUUGAAUAGAAAUGUAGUAAAAAUUAUGUUUUAAUUAUUAAUUACACAUUUAAAUGGAAGUCAUAGUUCAGCAAAGGCAAUGGUACAUUAAAAACAAAUCUCGUUUGUAUAUUUCUAUUACAGUGCAUGCGUUUACACUCCAUGUUGCAUCUAUGUAUAUACUUCACAUGUAAAAACAUAAUUCAAUUAACAACUUGACUUCAAAAAUAUAUAUUUUUGAAGUCUGUUAUAACCAGAUUAAUUUUGAUAACAAACUUGGUAGAAUCAGGUCUCACUCAGAAUACCACUAUAACUUACAUUUGGCACAACACCGCUGAAAGGUUGCCAACCUGUUCUAGAAUAUGUUAAAUUUGAUCACUUAAAUUAAUUAUUAUUAUUUAACCAUAAUUUGGACUAAAGAUAUUAUAUAUUAUAGCUUGAUAAAAAUUCAGUGGUAUUGUUUGUUGAGUUAAAAUAUGUUAGAGAAUUGAAUUGUCUCCUUAAUUAUUUAAAUAAGAAUCUGGAUAAUUUGAAUAAAUAUAUUAAUCAUACUAUUUAUGUAAAAUACUUACUUUUAUACUAUCCAUAUUAGUAUAAUAAUAUCCUUCUCGAAAUUAUUAUCUGCUAUUACAUAUAGAAACAUGACAGUUAAGAAUCAAUCAGUUUAUUAUUUAGUGAUUCAUCAUAUUACCUCUAUUGAUAUUAUAUAAGUUAGACCAGUAUUUCUCAAACUUUUUUACCUAGGGACUGAUUUUUGAGGCAUGUCAUAUAUGUGGGAAUUUUCAUUGCAUAUAAUUUUAUGUAAUAAGAUAUUUCAUUUAACUAAUAUUGAUGUAUUGGAAUGAAUUUUUCAUUAAUUCUAAAGACUAUUAAUAUUUAAGUUUUAUUACAUUUUUUAUUCUAAGCAACUCAUAAAAGUUUAAAAACCAGUUUCAGUGCAAUUACUUUAUUUUAAUAGUGUUUUGAAAAAAGAUUUUAAUUAGGAUUAUUUUUGUAUUGUAAUUUUUUAAGCUUUCCACGAGCCAACUUUUUAUAGUACUACAGUUAAUACUGGGUGUGUGAAACAAGUGAUAGAACAAUAAUGAUAUAUAUUGAAAAUAAAAAUAAAAGAUUCUCUCUCUCUCUCUACAAAUUAGAGAUACUCAAAAUAUUUGUAGCAUCUGUUUUCAUUAUGUUGCAAUGAAUGUGGUUAAUAUGUAUAAACAUUUGAAGAGGCUUUAUCAGUACGUUUAAAAUCAUGCAUUACAAAAGCAUUUAAAGAGUUUAAAUUCAUCAUUUAUCCUUCAUUUCAAUCAAGGAUAUGAAAUAUUAACUAAAGAAAUAAAUUGCUGGCUGGAUGGCUGAAGCAGUUAAGAUAUUAGCCGACUGCUCUGGUGGACCCAGGAUUGAAUCUGGGUGGUAGAGAAAUUCCAGAAAUUUUUUAUGGGUAUGUUGGGCCUCAUCCCCACCCAUAAAAAAAAGUCCUAGUGCACACAGAGUGGAGAGUCCAAAAAUAAAUAAAUUUUAUACAUUUUUAUUUACAAUUUUUGUUAAUACUGUUUAAACAAUAUUAACAGAAAUUGUGAUCUAUAAUUAAAUCAGGAAUAAAAUAAUAAGUUCUAAGGAUUAUUUGAAUUAAUUUCUUAGAUUAUGUUUUGAUAGCUGUGAGUUUUGAACUCAGAUAAAAAUGAAAACAACCUCCAAACUUGAUUUAUUUCUUACAUUAUUUUUGUAAUAAAUAUAAAUAUCGUAUAACACUUAUUUCUACGUAUUUAAAUGGAUUAAUUAAAUUAUUUUGUUAGAAUAAGACAUAUUACCGAUGAUGUCGAUUAUCAAAAGAAAGUAUUAAGACAAUUAAAAGGGCGCUUAGGAGUUCUAGAGCGGAU